AUGCUACCGGCGUCUCUCUGGCACCGGGUGUUCCGCUGCCUGCUGCUGCCGCCCGGCUCCUCCCACCCCGACACCCCCAUUGUCCGCGGCAGGCGCAAGUCUCCCUGGUAUCUCACCGCCACCAUGCAGCCCCCAGCGGGCAGAAACCUACCCGUGAAAUUCGUGGACCCCGACUUUUCAGCUGUCGGGCAGCACCGGAAGAAUGUGAAAACCUAUGGCAGUGGGUGGGCGCUGCUGUGCUGCUCCCUGGCCAGCAAGAGGUUCCGCAACCUUGUCCUCUCAUUCUCUGCCCAGCACCCCAUCGCCUUGGUCUACAACAACCUGCACCCGCAGUGGGAGAGGAGCGUCGCUUUCGUCCUGCGCCAGCGCGGCCUCAGGUCCCUCGACCUCACCUUCACGCACGUCCUGCAGCUCGACACCAUCGUUUUCCAGGACGAGUGGGCCUUCGCCUCCCUCACCUACUACUGGUCGCACUACUACGGCUGCCCACGUCUGCAGCGGCUGAAGCUGGGGCGCGGCAAGUGGGUUCUCUCAGACGGGUGGGCCGGGAAGCUCAAGGCCCUGCGCAGCUUGACUCUCAAGCACGUGGACUGGAGUCACGUGGAUGUCAAGUAUCUCGCCACGCUCACACCACAGCUCACAGAAUUCACGCUUUAUGAGGGCUGGGAUUUGGAUAACCCGUCCGUCGGCCCUCGUGGCAGCGGCAGCAACCGAUUCUGUUUCGAUCUCUCAUCGGCUCGCGUCCUCCGAUUCUACUUCGCACAGAGCAGCCUCACGCUCUUCCUCACCCUCUCCCGCUCGCUCAAGGCCUUCUCAGCCGUGGCCAAACGCCUCGUCCUCUCCUGCAAGAGCGUCGUUCCUCUCUAUCUCGACCACCUCUCACUCUACGGCCAGGAGCGCCUCGUCAUCUCCUCCCUUCGCCUCGCAUCGGCCCGUGUGGCCUACCUCAACGGCCCUCCCAUCGACAGGCACUCCCGCGAUGAUGCCCACUACUUUCCCUCUUGGGACACCACUGCGCCGCCCCCUGACUGGCAUAGCUCGCACCGCUGCAGCUCCUCUGAAUUCUCCUGGGUUGAAUGGCUGGGCGCUAUAGCGCGGACAGUGGAGGUGCUUAUAGUGAGGCAUGGGGUGCGUGUAGAGCAGGUGGGUGCCGAGUGGGGCUGCCUGCGCAGCCUUGGGAUUGUCGUGGAGAGUGAGGAGCGGUUUGGGAGAGAUCUGGAUUUUGAGAGGCGGCGGGAUGAUGGCGAGGAGGAGGAGCUCGAGCCGUUCCCGCUUGUAGUGGACGCUCAGGAGCACCGGCUGGCAGCAGCGCUCUCCUUCUUCCUCAGGCACUCGGCUCACACGUCCCUUGAUCUCCUUCUCAACACCUCCCAAGACCUGCUCUGCCUCCGCCGUCUCUUGCAACCCUCUGCGCGCUCCCUCACAAGCCUGUGCCUUGAUGUGAGGGAUUCCCCCGGUCCACCGCUGGAUCCGGCCUUUCUCGGGGAGUUUCAGCAGCUGCAGCAGCUGGAGCUACGCCUUGGGAGUUGGCAGCUAAGCAACCUGGAUCCAGCAAGGUUCCAGGCUUUAAGGAUUCUGAAAAUCCACCUUUUGGAGUCCAACAGAAGGGACCUGUCCUUUCUCUCAUCCGUCGCACCACAGCUGCAUGAAUUGACUCUCUUCUCCUCCAGCAUAGGCUCUACCACCCUCAAUUUCGGAUUCACCGUUGCUCAAGCGAUCGCAAUCUGCUUUGAGAGGCAAGCGGUCAGCCUUCGCCUCGCCCUCCCUCCUUCUUUGAAGUCCUUUUCUGCCUCCGCGCAUUCUCUUAACGUCGAGUGCACCUGCAACAGCCCCCUCUCGCUUGACUCGUUCUCCCUGACUGCCCGCGUAGAGCUCAACAUUUUGUCGCUCCCUUUGGCUUCCGCCAAAUCCGUCUACUUGAACGCUCAACCCACCCAAAAUCUCGACUCUCAGCUUGCCUUGACCCGGCUGCUCAGCAGCGUAGCGUCGACAGUGGAGAAGCUUAUCGUGAAGCAUGACUGGCCUCUGCAGAACGUACACGUGGAGUGGAGCUGCCUGCGCCGGCUUGCCAUUGGUGUGAACCGAUUCAGCACUGAGGGGUUUGGUUACACAGCACAAAUGGACAGCGCGCACGAUUCUCAUUUCUUGAAAUGCUUCGCGUUAUUAAUCAGUCAUACCGCUGGUAGGUGGAGGGAGAGGAGUGGUGCAAUCUGGUCACAUCUCGUGUCACGGCAAUAG